AUGAGUUUGUUGUCUGAACUCAACAGUAUCUCUCCACUUGUUAAGGAGUACGCUAAAGAUGUGUUUCAGACCUUUGGAUUAACCAAAGAAGAACUUCUGGAGCAGACUCGCUGUAACAUUUACCUGGCUCACAAGAAUACCGACACGUCAGUGAAGAAAGUUGUCAAGUUUUACAGACGAUGCAAGAAAAGCAGCCAAAGAUUUUACAAUGAGGUUGCAAUCGCUAAGAAGCUGAAACACCCAAACGUCAUAAUCUUCGAAGAAGCUGCCUCGUUCCCGAAACAUCACGCCUUGAUAAUGCCGUACUGUGAACUUGGGGCUCUGUACAACAUGAUCGGGAAAGUUCCGAUACACAUCUCGGAGCAUUACUUUCUGCAGACCUGCUCAGCGGUGAAGUAUCUUCACGACAACUUCAUUGUACAUAGAGACAUAAAGUUAGACAACAUUCUAGUGGAUGCCAAUCAGAAGGUCUAUCUGACAGACUUUGAUAUGUCUUGCACCGUGAGUUGGGAGAGUUCCAUCGUUCACAAUGCGGGUGGUACUACUGGCUACCGUGCACCGGAGAUGGUGAUGUCUCCUAAAGGAUCCUACGACGGAUAUAAGCUGGACGUGUUUGCUCUUGGAGUCGUCCUGUUCUGUUUGAUCUUUGAGAAAGAUGUGGAAGAUUUGGACGAGACAUCAAUGAGUUACCUUGAUAUGGUCAAGACUUACAUCUGGACAUUCCCUGUUCACUUCUACAAGAAUGUCUUGGAGUGUAUGCUGGAACCAGAUCCUAAAGCAAGAUGGGACAUGCGUGGUUUGAUAAAAGGUUUGGGACAAGCCUCUUGGUUGGCUGCAAGAGUCAGCAAUUUGUAA